GACUACACAAUUCUCAUUAUUUCUUCGCAGAAUGGGAAACAAGGUAGUGACUUUUACGGAGCAACAGCUUGAAGACUACCAGGACUGUACAUUCUUCACAAGGAAGGAAAUAUUGCGAGUGUUCAAGCGCUUCAGGGAGGUAAAUCCGGAACGAAUCCCAAAAAGCAUGACAGCAAACCAAGCACAUACUAUAGCCGUUCCUGUAGAAGAAAUUGAGAAGCUUCCUGAGUUGAAGGAAAACCCAUUUAGACGUCGAAUCUGCCAGGUAUUUUCUCACGACGGCUCCGGAAACCUUACGUUCGAAGAUUUCCUAGACAUGAUGUCGGUUUUCAGCGAGUCGGCUCCGCGGGAUAUUAAAGCUUGGUACGCGUUUCGUAUCUACGACCUGGAUGACGACAUGUACAUCGGGCGCGGGGACCUGCUAGAGGCCGCGCGACUGCUUACGCGGGGGGAACUGCAGCAGACGGAACGAGACGAGAUAGUGGCCAGCGUUCUGGAUGAGGCAGAUGUGGACGGCGAUGGGAAACUCUCCUUCAUGGACUUCGAACACGUGGUCGUGCGCGCGCCCGACUUCCUUUCGACAUUCCAUAUAAGAGUCUAGUUUUUUUUUUAUUAAAAUAAGGGACGAGACGAGCAGGACGUUCAGCUAACGGUAAUUGUACUGCUCAAGAUUGAAAUCUAAAAAUUUUGAGCGGUACUACAGCUGCGCUCGUCACCUUGAGACAGAAGAUGUCAAGUCUCAUUUCCCCAGUAAUGUCACCUAGAUACGGCGCCUUUCACACUGAAACACAGUAAUGCUUACACAUUACUGCUUCACGGCAGGAAUAUUCACCACUGUGGUACCCAUAAUCGAGCCGGCAUUCGGUGCAAAGGAGCCACCCACUGGUGAAACUGGUGAAUUUUCAUUCAAAUCCUAUAUUCAAUAAGUAGCCCUAAUAUACAAGCUUUUAUUGAAGGGUAUACAUUCAAAAUAAAUUUAAAUGACUUGGGUGUGGUUUGCCCGCGUGGGAAUCCAUUUCACCCCAAUACCAAGUAAAAGAGAAAACAAGAGUGUAAAAAAAAGCCGAAAAAAAUAACAUAAGAGCCCAAUGAAAUUGUUUUACUAUUCGUGAUAAUAUUAAUCAAUUGAGUGAAAAUAUUUUCUUAUAAAUUUUUAGUAAAUAGACUGUACCAAACCUAUUUUGAAGUUCAUAACUAUUAUGUUGCAUUAUGUUCUGGUUAUGUUGUAAUAGUCGUGGUUGUAGUAAGUAAUAAA